AUGGAUAAUAAGCAAAGCAUUCCUGUUCCAGAUAAUAAAGAAAACGAAAUGUAGGAAGAAGUAGAAGAGGAAAUUAAGUUAUUACCUCCUAACAAUACAAUCUACAUUAAUAACUUAAAUGAAAGAAUCAGUAUUGACGAUUUAAAAUAAGAGUUAUUUAAGCUUUUUUCCGAAUAUGGUAGCAUACUUGAAAUAAAGGCCAAGAAAAAUAUUCGUAUGAGAGGAUAAGCUUUUGUAGUUUUUGAAUAGAUAGCAUGUGCACAAAAAGCCAUAGAGGCUUUAAACAGAAAAAACUUUUAUGGCAAGGCAUUACAUUUAAAUUUUGCAAAAACAAAAAGUGAUGCAAUUCUUAAAAGAGAAGGAGCCUACGCCCCUCGCUAGCCUAAAAUAUUUAAUGCUGCAGAUUUUAUUGAAGAAAGAUAAUCAAAUAAAAAAUAAAAAGAAAAUUUAAAAAACAAGGAAUCUGCAACAGCUAAACUUGCUGCCUAGCCAUUAGUUCAAAAUACAAUCAUAUAGCCUCACCAUACUCUUUUCUUAGAAAAUUUACCUAUAAACUCCAAUACAGAAGUCAUUAAAGCAUUCUUUGCAACAUUCCCAGGAUUCAAGGAAGUGCGUCUAGUACCUUAAAAAAGAGUUGCUUUCGUAGAAUAUGAAGAUGAAAAUAAAGCAACUGCAGCAUUGGCAUCUUUACAAUCAUUUAAGAUUGGAGAUCAAACUGUUACAGCUAACUAUGCAAAAGCUUGA